AUGUCAGCCACCAUCGAAAAGAAGACCGCCCAUGACCAGGAUGGAUGUGUGACGGCGUCCACAGAGUCGGUGACGUUGAGCGAAGCGUACCAGUAUUGCGAAACACUGGCGCGCGGCCAUUACGAGAAUUUCAACGUCGGCGGUUGGAUCACGCCCAGAGACAAGCUGCCCCACGUCUAUGCUAUCUAUGCGUGGUGCCGAAUGGUGGACGACCUGGGCGACGAAUCGCUGCCGACGGCGCCAGCCGGAACGGCCGCCGUCGGCAGACCCAACGCAGCGGUGACGGCGCACCGGCGCGAACGAUUGGCGUGGUGGGAGGAAGAGCUGGAAGCGAUUUACUCGGGUGAGCCCACGCAUCCCAUUUCCAUUGCUGUCCAGCAUACGGUCGCUUCGUUCGAGAUUCCUUCGGAACCGUUCCACCGGUUGAUUCAGGCCAAUCUGAUGGAUCAGGGGACCGGGCGGUUCGACAGGCUGGACGACGUUGUGGAAUACUGCCGAUAUUCCGCCAACCCGGUAGGGCACCUGUACCUGUACCUGUUCGGUUACUCGGAUCGCAGGCGGCAACUCCUGGCGGAUCAUACCUGCACCGCGCUGCAACUGGCCAACUUCUGGCAGGACGUGAACCGCGACUAUCAGGAACGUGGCCGAGUCUAUCUGCCGCGUUCCGAUAUGAAACGGUUCGGGGUCAGUGAAAGCGAAAUCGCGAACCGCGAGGCGACCGCUGAAUUCCGCGCAUUGCUGCGAUAUGAAUGCAAAAUCGCAAUGCGAAUGUUCCGACAAGGCGCGCCCCUGGUCGACGCGCUGGACAGAGGGUCCCGGUUGCCGGUCGCCCUGUUCACCCGAGGUGGUGUGGCCGUGCUCGAUGCCAUACGCCGGCAGGAUUACGACGUCUUGAGCGAGCGCCCCGCGUUGUCGAGCCGACGGAAGGCGUGGUUAUUGGCGUCCGCCUGGCUGGGCAACAGGCUGGGAAUCGGAUACGGGCUGCCCAACCCCCGAGACUAA